AUGACUUCCGCUUCUUCCGAGACAGUUCCUUCCCUUACUUAUAAAACAACCGCGUCUUGCCAUUUGAAACCUCGGGUUAGCCUCAAAACAUCAAUAACUCAUCCCAUUAACGUUAGUUGGAUAGUUCCCGAAGAAUUGAUUUCUGGACUUUCUAUGGAACCUUUACCAGAGACAAUUGACCUCUUUGAUAUUUAUACCAAUGAUUCUCUUUAUCAAUAUUAUUAUUAUGAACCGGCUGAAAGACUUGUUCAAAAUCCACAGCACUCUAGACCAACUAACUAUGGAAACCUUGCACUAAGUUCGUGUCCAGGUAAAAAAGUAAGGCUAAACGGUCCUGUAAGAGGAAGAGCAUCAAUUGAUCGAGAUUUAGAUUUAGAUUUUCAAAGAUUGAAAUCGUUAGACAUAUCUGUCAUUAUUUGCUGUCUUACUGACGAAGAAUUAGCAUUCUUGGGAGCGUCAUGGCCAAAAUACUGUGAAUUUGCUCAGAGGCAUGAUUUGCAAAUAAUUAGGAUACCAAUGAUUGAAGGAGGUUGCCCCGAAUCAAUAGAUCAAAUGGAUCAAGUUAUAAUACAGAUUGAACAUCAUAUAAAGCAAGGUCGAAAUAUUUUGGCACAUUGUCGUGGUGCAGAUUUUGUGCAUUCUCAAACUUUUCAUGAUUUUUUACCAUUUAGACAAGUGGAUUUCAUUAUGCAAUACGCAAAUUAUAUUCAUUGGCAGUUCCAACAAUCAAGUACCAAUCAUAUAACACAUCAAGCACAUUAA